AUGGAUCCUCAGGCAGAGUUCAUUUCGAGUGCAAUCAAAGAUGAACUUACAUAUGAGCAACGCCUGUUUGAGUUCUCCAUGAACUCGAACAAACGAGAGCUCCACUUUCUAGCAUUCCGCGGCUUGCAGAGGGAGAAUAUCCUACGACUACAAAACAGUCUAUCCAUGUGCAAGAAGAAGACUUUGGAGAGGCAUCAAUUUACCGAAGAGCACCCCGGACAGCUGACGCAAUUACUGCACGAUUACAGCACGUUCUCCUACUAG